GUUUUGUACUACUGGCUGAUUUUUGCACUGCGCACUGCACAGCUGAUGGAGAGGCACCAGUCAGUAACAGGCACUUGGAUGAGGAAAAUCCGCAAUUAGUUGGCAUUGUUUCUCGUUGGUCUCACGAAUGAUUUUGCGGCAUUUGCGGUGGAGGGCGAAUGGAGUCACUCUUUGCCACCGAUCAUCAGGAGAUUAUUUUUUCUAGGCGGUGAAUGUCAUCCUGUAAGUGGAUUGAAGAUGAGUGAUUUGUCUUUCUCUCCUCGGUGGCCUCGAAUAUUUGAAGUCAAUGGCAAGAGGUGUAACCUGAGCUCAAUAUCAGACUUGAGCUUUAGCGAAGCGUGUCUCUUCAUCAGCUCCACGGCAGAAGACGCACUUCACUUUGUGGGCCAAUCGCUCCAGUGUGUGAACUGUGAUUUAAUAGAAUGGACAAGCAUCGCACCAAACACGAGUGUUCCCAUUCUCAUCACGUCAGCUUAUCCAGUAUUAUUCGAAAUCCGGAAUUCCGACACUCAGGUUUUGCACAGAUUUGAGGGAAAGCUCGGCGAAAGGGGCGUUUAUGAUGUCAACUGCACAGAAACCUCCUGUGGUCGUUUGGUCACAGUCCAGGAUCCUGAUGAUUCUUUGAUCGGAAUCAUUUAUGUGCUGCUCUCCUUGCUGGUCCUACAACUGGGCUGGAUUGGUCUUCAACAUAUUUCAAACACUAACUGGUACCAGCGAAUGGUGUCAAAGGAGGAUUCAGUCAGUGAGAUUGAAAAUGAUUUGGGCAGUCCAAGCACAUUUGUCGACGCGUCCGUGAGGACCAUAAUGCAGCAAGCAGUGCAGAAGCAGAAUUCCAGGGUAAAAUCUUUGGACGUGUUCCGAGGGCUCUGUAUAGUGCUGAUGAUUUUCGUUAACUAUGGCGGUGGAAAGUACCCGAUUUUUGAGCACGCCACCUGGAACGGCAUGACAAUCGCGGAUGUGGUGUUUCCCUCCUUCAUGUGGAUCAUGGGGCUGAGCAUGGCGCUGUCCAUGAGAUCGCAACUGCGCAGCGGCGUCACGAGAAAGAAACUGGCACUGCGGUGUAUCCAGCGAGGCUUGAAACUUAUCCUCAUUGGACUAAUGCUCAACUCCAAUGGCAACAACAACUUUGCCACCCUCAGAAUUCCUGGUGUACUUCAGCGGCUAGGAGUUGCGUACAUAAUUGUGUCCGUGAUGGAGGCGUUUCGCAUGAAGCUGCAAAGUUGCCAGCAGCCGCAUAGACUGGCGUGGCUGCAGGAUGUGGCUGACGGCUGGUUGCAGUGGAUUUUAAUCCUCAUCUUGAUCGUCAUUCAUUCGGCCUUGACGUUCGCCCUUCCUGUGCCUGAUUGCCCAACCGGUUACCUGGGUCCUGGCGGAAUACAAGACCAGGGAAACUACAAAAACUGCACCGGUGGUGCUGCAGGAUACAUCGACCGAGUCCUCUUUGGGCCAAAUCACCUCUACCAACACCCCACUGUCAGGAAGUUUUACUACACAGAAGUUCCAUUUGACCCGGAAGGUCUGAUUGGAAACCUGACCGCUGUCCUCCUUGUCUACCUCGGGGUCCAAGCCGGUCGAAUAAUGCUGACCUACUCUAAUCCAUGGUCACGAAUCCUGCGGUGGAUUGUCUGGGGUGGUAUAGCGGGAUUGAUUGGAGGCAUCCUAUGCAACUUUUCCAAAGAAUUUGGCGUGAUUCCAGUCAACAAGAACCUUUUUUCACUCAGCUUUGUGCUUGUCAACUCUUGCCUGGACUUCUUCUUGCUGUCCUUCCUCUAUUUCAUCGUAGACGUGAAGCACGUCUGGAGUGGCAGUCCGUUCUAUUUUACAGGAAUGAAUUCGCUGCUUGUGUACAUCUUGCAUGGAUUCACUGGAAAUAUGUUGCCUUGGCGCUGGCAGCCGCUAGGGAAUUCUCAUAUGGAAGUGUUAUUCAUGGAUGCCUGGGCAGCGUCAUUGUGGGUUAUUGUAUCCUAUUUUUGGUUCAGAAACAACUUCUUUUUUACUGUUUAAAGUACUCCAAUUAUCACGAUAUUACUUGCAAUGUUCAAUGCACAUGCUUGGUGAGGAUAAUUUGAUAACUCGUUACAAUUAGCUGCAGACCUUGUUCAUGAUAUUACCAGGCUGUUUGACUGAAUUUCAUUAAUCACGUCUUUAUUUUCCAUAUCAUUAUGUAUAGUCAAAGAGAAUUUAAAUAUAAUGCACUUAGGAACUGAG